AUGGAUCGCCAUCCGCCCGAGUAUUACGCAGAGGACCGGGGUACGAAGCUCAUCGCCAUCGCCUGCACCUUCACCGUCAUCACUACCGUGGUCGUCACGUUACAGUUUUAUGCAAAACGUUACUCUGCUCCAAGGUUCGAUACGUACGACUUUUUUCUCCUUGGCGGCUACGUGCUCAACCUGGUUGUAUGUGCCAUGGCUAUUGCAUCUACACACAUAGGCGGUAUCGGUCGCCACGCCGACGCCGUGGAGCGCGACACGCCCUGGCAGAUCAAGGGCUGGGGGAUUAGCAUAUUCGCGUUCGAGAUUGGCUACUUCACGUCGGUCGCCUUCCCCAAGACGGCCAUCAUCUGCCUGUACCUGCGCAUCUUUCACUGGAAAGGGCCGAAGCGGUACUGCGCCAUGGUGCUCAUCUUCCUCAACGCGGCCCUGGCCCUCUCCCUGGUGCUCAUCGCCUGCUUCCAGUGCCGUCCGUUGGCCUUUUGGUGGGACAAGUCCAUAGAAGGGGGCAGCUGCAUCGACAUUCAGACUUUUUAUCACGCCCAAGCCCUCCCCGGGCUGAUACUGGAUCUGGGCAUCAUCGCGCUGCCGCUGCAGAGCAUCUGGAGGAUGAACUUGCCAUUCUUUAGAAAGGUGGCGCUGGGAAUGAUUUUUAUGAUUGGUAGUUUCGGCAUCAUCGCCGCCAUCGUCCGCACGACCGUCUUCUUCUCGACCGAAGCCCUCGAUGACCGAACCAUGGCGUCCGUCGACCUCGAAGGCUGGUCCAUCAUCGAGACGUCCAUGUACAUCGUGGCGGUGUGCAUGCCACGGCUUCCGCCCCUCCGCCCCUUGGUCAGCGAGAUCGUGCCGAACCGGCUGCGCGUCAUCUGCCGCCGCACGACGGCGCGCGUCUCGGCGGUGCUGAGCCAAGGCUCCAAGGCCGUGUCGAGCGUGUCGCGCCGCACCGCCCGCAGCUUCGCCUGGACCACCAAGCGCGCCCCGCCCAGCAGCGUCGUGCUCUCGGGCCACGAAGACGGCGGCGCCGGGUCCGGUUCGCCGCAGCCGAGGAGGUCGCCGUCGCUGAACAACCACAGCAGUCCUGUGGUCGGGGGUGAGAAGAGGAGGUGGAGGGACAGGUUGUCGCAACAGCAGCAGCAGCAGCAGCAGCAGCAGCAGAACACUUGGCAUGGUGGUGAUGAUCAGCCGGAUGUGUUGGGCGGACCGUACAGGCGAAUGUCGCUGCCUGCUAUAGGGUCGUUGGAGAAGGUCGAUUCUGCUCACCAGCCGCAGCAGGAAAAGGAGAGCAAGGAGGGCAAGACGGCGGCUACGGCUGGGCAGAUAUCCGGCGUACAACAACAACAACAACAACAGUCAUACAAACCUAGGGAGUCUGGGUCUUCCAGGCUUCCGCGCUCGCCGAGGAGUGCAAUCUUUGUGACGUGCGGAGAGCCGUCGCCGGCCACGUCUUCGGGUGGUUCUGGUGGUUUCAAGGAUGCCGAGGAGAGGAUUUCUGAUGGGGAUUGUUCCGACGUUGAGGUCACGUCUAGACCGGGUACUAGUAGCAGCAGGGAAGGAAGAAACGUGAGCUGA